AUGGUUGAUAAAAGAAUGAAAAGAAGAUUGGAGAUAGAAUGGAAAGAACUCCAGAAGCAUCUUCAACAAUUCUGUGAAGGAAAAGACCCUAUUACGGUCAAACAACUAGCACCAGAGCUGUGGAAGGUGUCUUUCCUGGGUCCGAAACAGCCACUGAAAAGGGUGCCGCAAAAAGGACCACUUCCGAAAAAGGACCGUUCGAUUAACUUCAACAUUGAAUUUCCCGAAGAUUGGCCAUGCAAGCCUCCGCUUAUGUACUCUACGGAUAGAGAGGACUAUCCGUAUCUUCUUCCAGGAAAUCAUGCCCCUUUCGAUAUUCUCAAGGCAAAUUACGCCGCAGCAAUGACAAUUCUCUUUCCAAUCCUCGGAAUAUACUUUCUAAUCAACGGUAAUAUAGCUACUGAAUCAAAUGCGGCCGUCCAACAAAAAGACAACCGGCGCCAACCCAAACAAGCAAGAGCGACUCAAUUUAUUCCAUUGCCGAGUUGCGCUUAUGAUGCUCUCCGGAAGAUCUAUGCUGAUAACCAAGUCAUGGUAGUUGUUUGCAACUCCUUUCAGAUGACAGUCGAGCAAAGAAAAAAACGAAAAGAAUUAGCAGAAGUCGAUCAGAAAAUCGAGGAACAACGAAAGCGAAAGUUAUCUAUCGAAGAAAAUAUAAGAGAAUGCCAGGCGAAGAGAGAGAAUAUUGAAGAGACCCGAACUUCCUUGUGA